AUGGCCUCGUCCACUCUUCGCCCCCACCGGUCCCCCUCGCCGUCGCCUGCACCGGCACCCGUUAACCCGGCCAACCCGGCCAAGUUGACUCGCCAAUCGCUUGGUCCUCCCACCACCUCCGGCAACAGCUCGGCUGCACGUGGGUUCGGUCUCGCUCAGGCGACAUCACCAACCUCGGGCAUGUCCCAGCCUCGUCAUGUGUCGACCUCUGUGAUGGGCGGCCUGGGUGGCCUUCCCAGCGGACGCGACAGCCUGUCUCCUCGCCCUCCUCAGCAGGGCCGCGCCGUCAGCAGCGCCGGCCGCCCUUCGUCCGAAUUCCUCCCUCCCACCCACGGCCACAACCGCGACUCUGCUCGCACGCCCGAGGCCGAGCAGAUCGACCAGUGGUUCAAGCACCUCGCCUCCUGGGAGGCCACUCUUGAGGAGAUGGCCGCCGCCAGCACCGACCAAAACUUUACGGAGGAGCUGGGCGCCAUCGAACAAUGGUUCCGCGUUCUGUCCGAGGCUGAGCGCACUGCGGCUCUCUACUCGCUCCUGCAGCACUCGACGCCGGUCCAGAUCCGCUUCUUCCUGAGCGUUCUGCACCACAUGGCUCAGGCCGACCCCAUGACUGCGAUGCUGUCGCCCAGCCCCGCCGGACCUGCCUCCAUGCACUCGCAGAUGGACGCCAAGCUGGCCGGCAUGGGCUUGAAGACGCCCGCCUCUGCCCUUUCGCCAACCGUUAACAACUAUCUCGCGCCUGAGGCUGCCCUGGACCCUGCUGUUAACAAGCCGAAGGUGCGCCAGAAUCGCAUCUCGGCUCCCGGCACGCUCUCGUCGACCGAGACCAGCCGCUGGUCGAGCCAGCUUGACCAGGUCAUGGAGCGGGGCUCGUCGCCUGGCCUCGACGAGAUGAGCGUGCGAAGCCGUAGCCCGCAGCCGGAUCUGCGCCCCAAGAGCACUGAUUUCACCGGAGGCGCUGGCGCCCACGAGUCUGGUUACUCUCACUCUCGCUCGUCCACUCCCCGCCUGUCCACCGGUCCUGGCGGCGUCGGGAUUGGCAUGCCCAGCGACCACCACCGCGACCACCAGGCGUCUGCGUCGCCCGCGGGAGCUACGAGCCCCCUCAUGCCCUCUGGCAGCUGGGCUUCCAUGGUCAACACCCCGCUCAACCCGAUGUUCGACAACAAGGGCGGAGAGAUCAACUCGGCACUGUCGCUCGCCAACCUGCAGAUGGCCGCGGGUGCUGCUGCCGCUGCUAACCGGAUCCAGCUCGACGACGCCCGCAAGUACCGCCGCCCGUCGAACCAGAGCGCUGCUCCUCAGAGCCGCAACGUCUCUGCUGCUUCGUACGGCGGUGCCGGUGGUGAUGACGACGGAUUAGGCGGCUUCCCUGGUGCCGGUGGCGCGUUCGGUGGCUGGAGCGGCGCUCCGGGUGCUCGCUCUGGCGGCGACUACAGCAACCUCGGCCUGAGCGACCCGAACGCAAUCAACUCGCUGACCAUGAACCUCGCGAACGUCAACCUCGGCGGCCUGAACGGCUUAGGCAACGCGAACGCCGUGCAGAUGCUCGCUAUGGCUCAGGCUCAGGCCCAGGUCGCCCAGGCCGCACAGGCUGCCCAGCUCGGCGGGUACGGGUUCCCUGGUGGCGGUCCCGGCAACAACAACCUGAAUGCCCCCUCGCGAGGCAACAGGCAACCCUCGGGACGACGCAGCCCCCUCCCCGGCAACCGCAACGUCAGCCCGAUGCCCGCGUCGCAGGGCGGCGGCGGCGGUGCCGGCGGUGGUGCCGGUGUCGCCGGCCCCGACGACGUCGACAGCAAAGUGCUCGACGACGUGUCGACCUGGCUCCGCGUUCUGCGUCUUCACAAAUAUACGCCAAACUUUGAGCGCUCCAACUGGCGCGAGAUGGUCAACAUGGUUGACCAGGAUCUGCAGGACAAGGGUGUCGCGGCGCAGGGUGCGCGCAGCAAGUUCCUCAAGGUCUUCUACAAUGUCAGAACCAAGUUUGACAUGCCCCACCCGCCCGGGCAGGAGGAGUACGCCCCCGGUGCCGGCGGCAAGGAUGAGAAGAAGGAUGCGCCGGCCAAGGAGUCGUCCCCCGCGCAGCAGUAG